AUGACAUCUUUUGAGCAUAGCGCCACAUAUGACGAAAACGAGACAAGGAAGCUUGAGCAACGGCUAGGACAUCACAGCAGCAAAAUACCACGUGUUGCAUUAGAUUGUAACGUGAACAAUAAUUUACUGGAUGAUGACCCUUUUUUCUUUUAUAUUAAUGACGCUGACGAAUUGAACUAUUUGAAAAUGCUAGGAGUGAACGUAUCCCCCGAGAAAAUUGAAGAAAUCUUGAUAGAAUUUCGGGCACAAGUGCUAGCAUUAGAUACUAUCAAUACCUUAGAAAGGCAGCAAAAUUAUCUUUCUGCUGAAGAAUCACUUUCUGCUCUCCUUUAUAAAGAAGCACAACGACCACCACUGAAGACUAAUAGUUACAAACAUUUGUUCAAGAAAAUCCUUAUAUUCUGGCGUAAACACCAAUAUGCGAUGAAUACAGACAUAUCUCUAGUAGAUUCAUCGGUAACUUCUUGUUCAUCUUCCAUUUUUCCACAAAGAGUACAAACGAUACAGCAUGAAGGAUCGUUUUUCAGUCUCACGAAUAGUCUCAUAUCACCAAAUAAAAGGAAAAAGACGUGGUUUAUACAAGGACAUUUGAAAAAGCUUUUCAAGCUACAAUGA